AUGAGCAAGCUUCAUCAGACAAGCAUUUCUAGUAGUGAAAACAGUGAUAGCAGUCUUCAGGGUGAAGAAGAUAUCAAUGAACAGAUCCUUAGGCAUGUAAACUCAGCUGCAGGAGUUUUAGGGUAUUGUCGGAUUACUUUAGGGACUAGGUCGAUGUUGGCACUUUUUUACAAGGAUUACCAAAGUGUUAAGCCUUUAGAGAAAUAUGACAACCAAGGCAACGUUGAUAGAAAUGGUGCCAUUCAUGGGCUUGCCUCUUCCAUUGGCAGAACCAUUGAAGGCCAUUUCGAUGUCAUUUGCCUUAAUACAGCUUUGGAACAUUGA